AUGUCCUUCGUUAUCGAAAAAGAAUCUGACUUCAAGUACAUCCAUCGUAUCCUCAACACCAACAUCGAUGGUAAAAGAAUCACCCCUAUUGCCUUAACCGGUAUUAGAGGUAUCGGCAGAAGAUUCGCUUACAUCAUCUGCAAGGUUUUGAAGAUCGAUCCCAACGCCAGAGCUGGUUUAUUAACCGAAGAUUAAUGCAACAAGAUUACCGAUCUCAUCGCUGAUCCCGAAGCUCACGGUAUCCCCACCUGGUUGCUCAACAGAAUUAAUGAUUUCAAGGAUGGUAAAAACUACCAAAUGGCUUCUAACACCUUAGAUACCAAGAUGAGAGAAGAUCUUGAAAGACUCAAGAAAAUUAAGUCUCACAGAGGUCUUAGACAUUUCUGGGGUCUCAAGGUUAGAGGUCAACACACCAAGACCAGUGGUAGACACGGUGUCGUUUGCGGUGUUGUCAGAAAGAACAAAUGA